AUGUUCGACAUCGCCCAGACCGAUCCUAUGGUCAUGCAUGUGGUACUUGCCCUCGGCGGCCGAGAGCUAGAAUUCCGGCGCAACAAAAAUGCAGAAGAGGCACGAGGCCCAAAAACGCCCAUUCAGCAUUACUCUUCCGCUCUCAGAAUGAUGGCCGACACCAUUGGAGGCGAGGACAACGGUCAGCUGGAUCUUGAUGCAGUCUGUACAGGAUUGUAUCUCAUGCUUCUCUACGAACAAAAGUAUGGAGAUGGGAAGUGCCAGGGCUUGUCCAAUCAUCUCGUCGGCGCGACACCCUCGCCGGAGGCGAAUCGGAAAAGCUUAGCCCUCACGAGGCGAGGAAAAGAUGCGAGCAGUUCCCGGCUAUCUCUGUACUCGGCAAGAAUGCUUGUUUGGAUCGCGCUACACGAUGCCGCUGCCGCUUCAUACGGCCUUGGCGGACAACUCAACUGCGCUCUACACAAAAUUAUGGGUGCCCUCGAUGGCCAAGUUGGCAAUGGAAUAUCCAGCCCGUUUCAACCGCUCGACGCCUUCGAGAGGUUGCAUCGUUUCUCCAAUCCACUUUACCGGAGUAUGUGGGCUGAUUCGUACCCCCAGGCUGAGCUUCUCGACGACGUGGAGAAUAGGAAUGUUUACGCUCUUUUGGGAGCAUGCGGUCAAUUGCGCUUCAUGAUUGCCCAGCUCGCCAAUCUCAUACAUGAAGAUGAUACCUCGCAACAACAGCGCGUCAUGGCUGUCGAUGUGACCAUUCAACAAGUGGGUUGGAAAUUCACUGAACUACUGGAGGUCGCAGCAGAGCUUUCCAUCAGCACGGAUAACUCACAUCGGCUAGUAGCCAACAUUCGCGGCAUCGUACCUCAUUAUCAUGCCGUCGUUCUCGAAUUCCUUCGUUUGACGCGAUUUGACGCCACACCAAUGCUCUCAGCUCGUCAACGGAACGCUUUGCGAGAAAUCAUGAAUCUGGCUUUCCAGGCCUUCAAGCAUGAAGGCGAUGAGGCCAUGACACGUAUUGCGUGGCCACUCUUCAUGGUUGCUCUGGAGACAGACGACUUACUGCACCGCGAGUGGGUUAUCAGCCGCUUUCAGGCCAUGAGUCGAUUCAGUAAGAACCUCGACCGGGCCCAUAUCUUUCUCAAGGACAUCAUAGAGAUGCAGAACAGUCUUGCGAGACGGGUAGACGUCCGCGAACGGUUCCAAUCCGGCGAAGUGGGCCUCUUCGUUAUCUGA